AGAACAACAAAAUAUAAUCCAACUAAAAACACUACAACAAAUAUAACACCAACAAAGCAAGCUACUUACUCUAAAAAUGGGGUCUAUUGAGGCUAAUAAUGUGGCGGUGGGGAAGACGACGAUGCACCGUCUGAUAGCGGAGGAAGGCGCGGUGUUGAUGCCGGGUGUCCAAGACGCUUUCUCUGCAGCAAUUGCGGCAAAGACGGGGUUUAAGGCCUGCUUUGUAUCUGGCUUUGGUGUUUCCGCUGCUCUCCUUGGCUUACCUGACUUUGGCUUGCUCACGACUACUGAAGUUACACAGGUUACUAGUAGAAUAACAGCGGCUUCUCCAAAUUUGUGUGUCAUUGUUGAUGGAGACACUGGUGGUGGCGGUCCUCUAAACGUACAAAGAUUCAUCAAAGACUUGAUUGCGGCGGGUGCUAAGGGCGUCUUUUUAGAGGAUCAAGUUUGGCCAAAGAAGUGUGGUCAUAUGCGGGGCAAGAUGGUUGUCCCAGCAGAGGAACAUGCACUCAAAAUAGCAGCUGCAAGAGAAGCCAUUGGAGAUGAUGAUUUUUUCCUAGUAGCAAGAACCGAUGCACGAGCACCCCAUGGUCUUCAAGAAGCUAUCAAACGUGCAAACCUUUAUAAGGAGGCUGGUGCUGAUGCCACCUUUGUUGAGGCACCUGCCAACAUUGAUGAGUUGAAUGAGGUUGUUAAAGGUGUUAAAGGUUUGAGAAUUGCAAACAUGAUUGAAGGUGGAAAGACUCCAUUGCACACACCAGCUGAAUUUCAAGAAAUGGGUUUUCACUUGAUUGCUCAUUCACUCUCAACACUCUAUGCUACAACCAAGGCUUUGAUGGGUAUCUUGAGGACUCUUAAGGAGAAGGGAACUACUAGGGAUGAUUUUGAUCAAAUGGUUACAUUCAAUGAAUUCAAUGAUAUGAUUAGCUUGGAGUCUUGGUAUGAGGUUGAAUCAAAGUUCAAGAACUUCACUCCUAAAGUUUGAUUGUAUAAUUUAAAUUUAUCAAAUUAUGGAUUACCAAAUAUAUGACUUUGAUAUCUACUUAUAUUCACUUGUUUACUAUCGUUCGAACGCAUGCAUUUGAGGAUUGUAUCCUGUAAUUUCUAUCAGGGCGUUAAAGCUCACGUCUCACGAGUUAUAAUCGUGAAGCUUAGCUUUUGAGUUGAUAUAUAUAUAACUUUCUUCUGAUUAUAUGAAAGUAAAUAAAGUACUUUAUUGCUACCA